AUGUCAUCAACUCCGGAAAAAGCCGCCCCAGCCGUUGCCCACGCCCUCGCUUACGCGAACCUCAUGUCCGUCUUCUCAAAUCGCGAUCCCAUUUCGCGUCUUGAAGCAAUAAAAUCCACUUACCACAACGACGUAGUCUUUCUAGAACCUAACGAAAUCAUUCAACAAGAAAGUCGACGAACUACUAGGUGA